AAGCCAAUGAUAAUAUAUAUGCUUACUGUUUAGAUUAUUUUGAAACAGUAAUUUACCCUUGAUUGGGUUUCGUUCAAUUUGGAUAUGUGAUAAAAGAUGAGUUCUCAAAGAAAACUUUCUCAGCAUACAAAAAAGAGCCGAAUAGAAAACUCACAACUCAGCCAGUCUCAAGCGUCCCAAAGUUCAUCUCAGCGCAGCAGGACAGACAACCUAACAGAGGAACAGCUAGAAGUUGCUGUUCAAAAUGUGACAGCAUUCCUUCUGUGUGAGAUGAGUAACAAGAGGAAAAUCCGCAAGGAUGAUGUUGUCGCCAAUGCGUUGAAUAAGUCAGCUCGUCAGUAUGCUGAGAUCAUGAAAAGGUCUCAAGCAAUUCUUGAUAAUGUAUUUGGGCUGCAGAUUGCCAGAGAUCCAGACCACAGCGAUAUUUUUAUAAUAUUAAAUAAACAUCAAGCAAGGUUUGUUGACCUGACUUUGGGUCUUUCGACUGACGGGGAUGUACAGGACGACCUCAUACUCACUGUAGUAUUGGGAUCUAUAUUUAUGAACAGAGGGCAAAUGUAUGAAAGCCAUUUGAUGACAAUUUUAGAAACAGUUGGUUUUCUCAGUGAUAAAUUUUAUGGCUCUGAAGGUGCACACAAAAUGAAAGACCAUGUCGCAAACUUGGUUAAAAAGACGUUUGUGAAGCAGAUGUACCUAGAUGCAGAAGUUGUUGCUCGGCCGCAGCAACAACAGCGACCUCCGUUGCCUGAAGGUGAGAUGAAGGUCACAGUGUACAAAUGGGGCUACCGAGCAAUGCUGGAGGUCAAUCUGGACAAACUGGUCGACUACUUGGUAAAGAUGCACGAUGGUAAGGUACCACAAGGAUUUUCUAAGAGCUACUUCAAUGACCUGAAAAAACGACAGUUUGAAAUGAAAGUCAGCUCCUUUUGAUUCUUUACUUUAUUGUAAAAACUCAUCUAUUGUAAUUUUGUAAAUAAAAUAUACGUUUUUGGUUCGUAAAA